UGACCUGCCCCACAUCGCAUCAAUAAACGAUGCGCUUUUUGUCGUCACAAGUGGAUGGGCAUCCUAUCUUGACCGAACCAAAUAGCCAUAACCAUAUCUUAGUUAUCUAACUAUUUAUGUAUUCCACCUCCUCCGUGCUUCUAAAUAUUCAUUGUUAUUUCUUAUCCAGGCUUACUGUUGGGAUACUCAGCAACAUGGGUUCAAUCGGCCAAGAGCCGGUUGAAACGACAAUAGCUAGUCACCACCUAUCCAAACGUGGCGCCAAGAGUUUCCUACAUCGAGAUGUAUGGGGUCCAUGAUAAAAGUCAAUGGAGAAUCCAUGGUCACCAGAUAAUCCCGGCGGGACGUUAUCCCCAUGGCUCAGUCUGCAAGACGCAGCGGCGUUAUUCUUAACUGAAGGGCCCCAGUAUCGUGAGACAAUCAUGGCAGACAAUGUCUUCAUCACACCCGGCACAGCCAGCACCCUCGAUGCAUUGGCAUGGGCGGUUUGCAAUGACGGAAAGGGUAUUCUCAUCCCACAACCACUUUACAAUGGGUUUAAUAUUAAUCCAUUAGAUUAGGGUAGUGCAAGGAUUGCGGGAGCUAAGUAUGAGGGGAUAGAAGGGUACGAGGGUCUUGAUGAUUUGUUUUGUCCGGAGGUGAAUACGAGGGCGAUUGAGGCUGCGUUGAGGAAGGCACAGGAUUGGGGGUUACCGUUUGGACGCUUUUGGUUUCAAAUUGGUCCUGUCACCUU